GUCGGCCACCGGCAACCGCGCAAAUUAUACACAAUAUUAUUGCCUCGUUAUCACUUUUACGAGAACUUGAUUUUGGGUGAUUUGAUUUUUUUUCAGUGCUUGUGGACAUUUUCUCAAACCUAGGAAAAGAAAAUCAGUGGAAAUGUCGGUCGAAACGUCGGGGGACGUAUCCCUCAUCAAAGACGAAGACCUCUUGCGAAAAAUGUGGCAAGACACUGAAGAUUUCGGCCGCAAAAAGGAGAUCCGCGCCCACAUGUACAAACUACGCGAAGCGAGACUACGCGAGUUUUACAAUUCUGGAGAAGUCAGUUCCGAUAUUCAGAAAACUACCAAAACAACCACUGAAAGCAAAUCCUGUUCAACCCAUGCAGAUUCUCUAGCCGAUCAUAGCUUCAUCAGCAUGAAAACGAAGGAAAUACGAGAUUCAGAAUCACCCACAAGAGACGACAGUUAUCGCCUCAUUGAAAAAGGUUUGGGCAAUCAAGGCUGGACUGUGGUUACUUCAAACAAGAAGAGUGACGAUGGAAAAACUUUCACUACUAGUAAAGUAGCUACAACUUCCGGAAGUGAAAAAAUUGAAGGCGGUCAGCUUGAUUUUGCUGCAAAAAACGAACAACAAGCAUCUGUGUACAAAGAUGGUGAUGAUAAAAACUUUACUAAAGCUGUUGGUGCUUCGUCUAAUACAGUCAUCAAACAAGAAGCUUCAGGAGGUGAUGAAAAUUCUUCGUUUAAGACCUCGUCCACCAAAACUUCUUCCUCUUCAAGAUAUGUAACAGAACAACGUUCGACGAGUGGUGAUAUUAUUCAAACACCUUCGAACCAGAUUGACGAAUAUCUUGUUUCACGAAAAACCUACACUGAGAAUAUCCCCAGUGAGUUGAAAAAACACCCGAACUAUGUUGAGGGAAAAACCAAAGUUACCCGAGAAACCAGAACCUUGCCCGAUGGUACUACUGUAACAACUACCAAAUACGAAGUUAGAGGAGGAACGACUUCACAGUCAACUAAAAAUACCUCCGAACAACGAUCAUCGACUUUUAGUUCUUCUCAAGCUGUUGAAUCCAGAUCCAACCAAAAUGAAACAAAAACGCGAUACAUCACAGAACAACCGUCUAGUACCACUACAACGGUUACCCGAUAUGUUCAUGACCAAGAGUUACAACCAGCAACCACCAGAACCAUCACCAGAUCUGUAAAAUCUGAUUCCGUCGAUAAUAAAACUACAAUGGAUUCAGCAAGAGAUGUUUCCAAGAGUUCAACAAAUACAAUUGUUAUUCGAAGUGAACAACCGACUUCUACUCACAAGACAACAGUUGUUAAAGAUGUAUAUGAUACGAGACAAGAACCAAGUACUACCUACGACUCAAAUGUUACGACUAGAACAACCGUCGUAAAAAACGUUGAAGGUAUUUGUGAAGAACCAACGGUUAAAACCACAGUCGUCAAACAUGUUUCCGACACCAGGAAUCAAACAUUUGAUGAUGCCAAAACUACAACAGUUACCAGAGAUGAACGAAGGUAUCAAGAAGAACAACGCAAAAAUAAAAUUAACGAGGAAUUCAUCGCAAUUGAAAAACAAGACAAUAGGGACAGGAUGGAACCCAAACAAGAGACACCCAGGGCCAAAAGUCCAGAGAAACGCCCACAAUACGAGCAACCAGAACGGCGUCAACCCAUCAAGCCUGGAAAAUCCGAGCUCGAUCAAAAACUUUCGCCAACCGAAGGACAAUACGACACAACUUACCGAAGUGACUACAUUAAUAGAAAAAUCAGCGUUGAGGUUAGUCCAACACAUGAUGCUUUUGCUCGCUCCUUGAGAGCAGUCAGUCCAGACAGGAUAAGCAAGUGUUCUUCGCCUACUCGCAGUCUGAGAACAAGUACAAACUCUCUGCGAAGUAGCACCAGCCCGGAGAAAAACAGACAUCCAUCCCGACUAUCACCCGAUAGGCGAAGCAUUUCUCCCAAGAAAACGAUAAGUAGCGAAACUGUUACUCAUAAAACUAGAAGUAACACUUGCAAGACCAAUACUACUGAAAUUGAUAGUAGUACUUUGACCAGAAGGAAGAACACUGAAAUUGAUAGUAGUACUUUGACCAGAAGGAAGCACAUGUCCAAGACCAGAUCUAGAAGCCCUUCGCCAACUAGCGUUGCAAGCGAUAUUGAGUUUCUAAGAAAUACUGACAUUGUUACCGAUUUGGAUACGAAUGAAACUACAGUAAUUACGAAAUCAAGACCUUCGACUUUGGAGAUUUCGAGAAAAAGAGUUACUGAUCGGUCACCAACUUCACCAUUGAAUGAUUCGUCACCCAAGAAAGGAAGUCCUCGAGAUGUAACUAGAACUAAUAGUUUGAGAAAUAUUUCUCCAACUAAAGAAUCUCCAAGGGCAGACAGACCAUUUAAAAGAACUGAUACGUACGAAGAACGUUGUCGCCAAAUUUUGGGGAUCACAAACGAAACAGAUAAGAGAAAAAAUAGUCUUGAUAGAAUUGGAACAAGACGGGGAUCUGCUCCAAAAACCAGCCCCACGAAAGAACUUUCUUCUCCUGAACGCAAAAGUCCCACAAAGGACAGAGGAUAUCCAGAAAAAAAGAGUCCUGUAAAAAUUGGCCCAAAAACUUCUGAAUUUCCUUCUCAAAUUGGACGAUCUCCCGAAAGGGAACCAGAACGGAGAAGUCCUGUUAAACAAAGCCCAAACAUUUCUGAAUUUUCAUCCCAAAUUAGAAAAUCUCCACAAAAAGAACCGUUAGAACCUUAUCCAGAGAAGAAGAGCCCGGUGAAGGAAGGUUCAAAAAUAAGCGAAUUUCCCUCUCAGAUCAGAAAAACGUCUGAACGAGAACCGUUAGGUCCAUACCCUGAAAAGAGGAGUCCAGUUAAAGACGGUCCCAAAAUUUCUGAAUUUCCUUCCCAGAUCAGGAAAACACCAGAAAGAGAACCGUUAGGUCCUUAUCCUGAAAAGAAAAGUCCAGUUAAAGACGUUUCAAAAAUUUCAGAAUUUCCUUCCCAAAUCAGAAAAUCACAAGAACGAGAACCGUUAGGUCCUUAUCCUGAAAGGAAGAGUCCAGUCAAGGAUGGUCCAAAAAUUUCUGAAUUUCCUUCUCAAAUUAGAAAAACACCAGAACGAGAACCGUUAGGUCCUUACCCUGAAAAGAAGACUCCGGUUACGGAUGGUCCAAAAAUUUCGGAAUUUCCUUCCCAAAUCAGAAAAUCACCAGAACGGGAGCCGUUAGGUCCUUACCCUGAAAAGAAGAGUCCAGUUAAAAAUGGUCCCAAAAUUUCUGAAUUUCCUUCCCAAAUUAGGAAGACACCUGAAAGAGAACCAUUAGGUCCUUACCCCGAAAAGAAGAGUCCGCUUAAAGAUGGUCCAAAAAUUUCUGAAUUUCCUUCUCAGAUUAGACGGUCUCCUGAAAAGGAACCACUGGAACCAUAUCCUGAACGCACCAGUUCCUCGAAAGAGUUUCCCCAAGUUUGCGAAUUUCCCGCACAAAUUAGAAAGACACCUCAAAAAGAAAAGGAACCAGCUAAGUUUAGCGAAACAAGAUAUUCUCCUGAAAAAAGCAAAUUGUUCCCUUCAAGCGAAGAACAUGACAAGGAAGAAUCAUCCGAGGAAGAUGUCAAGAAGCCAUCACAAAUUAACGAAUUUCCAUCCCAAAUCAGAAAGUCCCCAGAGAAAAAACCUCAUGAAAAAUAUCCUGAAAAAACAAAAACUGACAAGAAAGAAGGACCAAAAAUUGAGGAAUUUCCAUCUCAAAUUAGAAAAGUGUCUGAAAAAGGUCCUACUUUAAGAAAACCAGACAAAUCUGAAUAUUUGACUUACCCAACAUCACCGAGCAAAGAUAAAGCUAGAACGAGAAAAGAUUCAACAUCAUCCACGACCACCGAUGAAGAAAAAGAAAUUGAAGAGGUUCACACCGUUACACACGUUACAGAAUUGGAAGGAAGAGUGCCAGUUGAAGAACCAUUGGCUACAAAGAAGUUUAUUAGCCAGCUAUGUAAAGAGGAAGAAGUUCAACGAACAGAUUUGAGUAAAAAGAAAACUCAGUCUGUUCUUAACAGGGAAGUUCUAGAAACUGGGACCAAAACAACAACUAAAACUGUAAAGAAAGAGUCUCCUAAAAAAUCAGCACAACUUUUUAUUGAAAGUGAACGCACAUGUUCUGUUACCAGAAAAACUGAUUCGCCAACAAAAAAACCCUUGUCUGAAAGAAAUAAUUAUAUUACCACCAACAAAAUUACAAGCACUACCAAAACUGACAGAAGUGUAAAAAAGGUGGUUGAUGAUAAACCUAAACCAAAAGAUGUAAAAAAGACAACGGCAAAAAUUACACUUUAUGAUGUUGAGAAUCUUAACCAGGCUAAAGAAGAUAACCGUGUUCACAUCAGAACUCACCGAAUUGAUGAUACAAUUAACAAAAAAGUCACAAAAACUUCAAUUACUCCAACAAAACGCCUUCAACCCCUCAAACCAGAGGAACCUAAAACUAAGAAAACACAAAAGGUAAUAGAGAUUGACACGAAACGUACAACAACACCCAAACGUCACGUAGUUAGUACAACUGUAACCGUAAGUUCGGGGAAAACAACACCAAAAACAACAGUUUCAAAACUAACUAAAACAGUUACUAAAAAACCAAAAUUGCAAAAUGGCCAUGUUUCAUCCGAUGACGAAUCCAUCAUAGAUAGCUUAGACGGCGAAGUGACACAUGAAAUUUCAACCAGCUUGAAAAAGGGUAAAAUCUCUCGUACUACAAGUGACCAAAUUAUUAAAAAGCGCCCUGAUCAUAAAACCCCAGUGAGAGGAGCUUCAAAACCUGAAUUACUUGCAUCCAAGACGAAGCAAGAAAAAUGCAUCACUACGAAAUCUAUUGUUAUUAAUAAUGAGGCGACUGAACGAGAAGUGAUUGUGGAUCUACAAAGAUCUAAAUCUUCAAGAGAACCAACACCUGAUCGCAUCUGUCCAUUACCUGUAUCUUCAGAUGAUGAGACAACUCCAAGAUAUCCCGAUCAAAUCGCCGAACCUGAUGAGACAUUCCGAAAACCGAAAAAGCUAUCAGACAUUCCAAUUCUAGAAAGCGAAGAUCUUAAAGAAUUCAGCAGAAUUACGGAAGUUGUGGACACAAAACUGGACACAGAGAAAGAUAUCAGUCUUCAAAGCAUUGACAAGAAAAUCAACAAAUUUUCGGACAAGAGUGUUUCAAAACCCAAACAAGGACCUGCUCCUAAGGUUGAACGCCCGAAAUUAGAAGUGACCGAAGAUUUGCAAUCCGACGAUUGCCUUUUAAGUGUUUCACAAAAAGUUAACAAGUUUAUAACGACAGCUGAACAAUUGACCACGCCUCAAGACUUACCACAAAGACCUAAGAGCCCUAAGUGUCAAUACUAUCCCGGAGAAGAUGUUAGUGUUUCCGACAAAGUGGCGCAUUUUAUCACAACUGCCGAAGAAGUCGUAACUCAGAAAGGACCUGCCGCAAAAGUUGAAAGACCAACUUUUGAUGAUGUUGACGAAACCAUUAAAGAAGAUGACUGCUUGUUAAGUGUUUCAGAUAAAGUGAACAAAUUCAUCAAAACUGCUAAGCUAACCACUGACUCCACUAAACCUGUGUCUCUUUCAAAAAUUGAUAUUAAACCUAGUGCAGAGCCAUGUAGAAAAUCGCCCACAAAAGAAACAACACCCACCAGAAGGCCUUCUAACCAAUAUUCCUCAAUUAAAACAGAAGUUUCGGAAAGUAAAUAUAGCCGAAGAGAUAGUUCUCCUAAAUUACCAGAUUCGACACCAAAAUCCACAAGACGUCCGAGCCAAGAAGAACCGAAAUCGGUUUUGAGUCCAACCGGUCGUCUAAGAAGCACAGAAACCGUGAAGAAAGCCAAAGCGUUGUUUGAAAAUAAAAACACAGACCAAGAGAUUCUCAAACAGCGCGAUAUUUUAAGCCGUCCUUCAGUUUUUGAAGGAAGGAGACUUAAAACUGAAGCGUCCCGGAAACUUACUUAUGAGAAGGAUCAGGAAGAGAAGACUUUAAAAUCGACGCAACUUCAUCUAGAUAAAGUGCGUUCAAAGUCACCAGAAAAACCACAGGAAGUGGCAAGGAGAUCUUUGUCUCCAGAAGGUGACAUUCCAGGUUACAUGAAACCUUUGGAUAGAAGUUUGAGGCCUAAUAGCCCACAUCGUGAUAGUAUUAAUCAAAUGAGUAAAAAACUUGAAGAAAGCACUGAUGUACGUCAAACCAAAUUUGGGGUUACUUUGAGGAGAACUGAUUCAGGACGGACUGUUACCGUCGCUAACACUGCCACGGUGAAGAGUAGAACUUCCAUAGAAGAAAUCACAGAAGAAGAAAUUGAAGAAAUUUAUGAUUUGGAAAUAUUGGAGGAAUUGCUUGAAAAAGUUGUAAGUUAUGAAAUCCGACGAAAGAUUCGAGCUCAAAUUCGAAUUGUUAAAAAAUUGAUUUCGGAAGGAAAGUUAGUAGAAGUUAGUAAAAAAACAGUUGUUCGGGAAAAAAGUCCUGUGAAAACUGUGAAGCAAUCACAGGAAACUGUUGAAAAAAGAAGCACAGAAUAUAGAUCAUCCUAUGCUUACAAUGAACGGAAAAGUUCCUCUGAAUGUACGAAAGUAACAGAAACCAGAAGGAGUCAAAGUCCUGAAACGAAGCGCAGCAUCAGAAAGAGUCAAAGUCCUGAAACCAAAACUAAACGAGUAACAACAAGUCCUUCCAAAGUGUUCACAACUCAAUUGAAGAAAACUUCUCCAGCUUCCAAACCAGUCGUUACAACUGAUACAACACCAGAAUGGGUCAAACAACGAAAUUUGAGGAAAGUUACGGAUACUACAGUUACGACUACCACUCGAAGUUCUGUUGCAAAAAAAUCGAGGUCUAGUCCAGUUAAAGAAACCAAACCCACCGACAGCAUCACUUCAAGUUACGGAGUAGGGCCAACAGAUGAGAAUGGGAGUCCGCUGUUUGGACUGAGAGCGUUAAGAGCCCAGAAUAAAACUGACACAACUAAAGUUCAAGGAACGGUGAUAAGGAGCCAAUACUAUUCCGAAAACGGGCAAGAACCCGUUGGUGAAAUUAGCGUAACGAAAUACUCGAGCGACCCCAAAGACUUGGGAAGAGACGAAGAUGGGAAAAGUAAAGGAAUCACAAGCGUAACAACUACACAGAAGUUCGGUUAUAAAGAUACUCCUUCACUUAAAAGUCUAACAAGUUCGAAAAAGAAAAUCGAAGACGAAUCUAAAACCACUAAACUUAAUCGACGAGGAUCGGUGAAAGCUCUAUCGCAGAAAUUCAUUGAAAAUGCUGUUGAAACCUCGAAGAGUGAAAGGCAGUCAUCCUACCCAAAGGCAGGAUUGAUUUUGCGCACUUCUAGCUUCAAGGAAACAGGAAGCAGUGAUAGUCGAGAGGGGUCCACCGAAAGGACUGUGACUGUGAAGACGUCUUCGUCCAGAACUGUGGCGGGGGAGACUUUCUUGACGAAUCGCAGUAAAGUGACCGGUGUACAGGAUGUCAUUAGCAGGAUGAAAUCUGAAGAUAUUCGCGAAGGCGACAGCUCCGAAGACGUCGAAGCCAGAGGUCUGUUGAACAAGUUCCUCGGUGCCCAAGUGAUCCUCUCCGGCAUCGAAUCGAGCGUCAAAUCGACGUCAAGCAGCAACGCCAAACGCAGCAGCAGCACAAAAGUCACAACAACGAUCACGGAAGGUGGAAAACCAGUUACCAAAACUCGCGUUUUUCAACACCCUAUAACCGACGAAGUUCUUGAGACAGUUUGGGACGAACAAACCUUGCGAUUAUUGUUAGAGCAAAGUACUGAUUACGAAGAACGCCGAAAAAUCAGAGCUAGACUUCGCCAAGUGAUGGCAGAACAAGAAGCAUGCACAGAAUUAGUAGAGAAGGCCAGUCAGGAUCAAAUCGGUACAACAUUCGAGGAAGCCACUCACACGAAGAAAACCUUUUCGGAGGGGCCUGUUACAACAACGCAAGUUACUUCGAGAGUUACCAGUACUCAGCAAAUUCAGUCGAAGAAGCCGAUUUCACCUUUCGCCAAAUUUCGUCAAUUGGACAAACAAAACAGCCUCAACUCUCCAAGUACCCCUAAGACCCCCUCCGGCAGUGGCCCCCUUUUUAAAUUCACUGAUCCAGCAGUGAGUCAAAGUGCUAGCACCAUCAAAGACAGGCUCCUGUUUUGGUGCAGAAUGAAGACUAAGGAGUAUGAGAACAUCCAACUAGACAACUUCUCAACCAGCUGGGCAGACGGAUUAGCUUUUUGUGCCCUCAUCCAUCAUUUCCUUCCGGAUGCGUUCGACUACCAUGCCCUCUCGCCGAAAAAUCGCAGGCAUAAUUUCACGCUCGCCUUCCGAGUGGCUGAUGAGAAGGCGGAUAUAGCACCGCUUCUUGACGUCGACGACAUGGUGGCCUGCCGUAAACCGGAUUGGAAAUGUGUCUUCACCUACGUACAGUCCAUCUACAGACGUUUCAAGGACGAAGAUUGAAAUUUCGACAAAAAUGUUCCUUGUAUUAGUUUUAGGCUCCUACUUCUUCAAUCAGUUCCUUGCGUCUACAUUUUACCACAAAUUGUUGUUUGUAAAUUCGUUUUUUAUUGCUUUAAUUAAUUAACGUGUAUGUUAUUGUUCUGUGAUCAAGUUAAUGUAUUAUGGCAUUUUCUUAUAGGUGAUACUGUAUGUAAUUAAUUUAUUGUUUGACGAUCUGCCCAGCGGUUUUUUAUAACAAUAUUUUUUCUACUUUUUAUGCAGAUUUAACGAUUGUAUUAAACGCUUAUUUAUUAACUUACAUUUAAGGAUGAUUUUAUCAAGGGUUGUUGCUUUUGCCAUGAGGUAUGUAACUAAUAAGAGUUAAUACAAGUAAUUUUUUUAUAUUGAUAACAGUUUAGAAAGAGUCGUUGGUUUAUACUAUAUUAUGGAAACUAUUAAUAUCAGUGCCUGCAUGAGUAAAAGACAAUAAUCUCAAUUUGUUGCCUAAGUUAAGCUAUGUGCCUUGUAAAGUCUUUAUAUAUUUUAUAAACAGAUUUGUACUUGGACUAAACUAAUAAACAUAUAUUAGCA